AUGAAUGCAAAAGAAUUGCAAAUGAUUGAUGAGCUACUAGAUAACCCCUAAAGGAUAGAGGCAUGUAUGGAGUCUAAUGAAGUCAUGUAUUUAUGCCUUGAUUGCAGCAUAAAAGACCCUAAAAUUUAUGUUUAUAUUUGCCAAAACUGCUUAGAGAGCUAGACUCAUAAGAAGCACAAAAUAAUAUAAACUGACAAUGGAGACUUAAGUGAAAGAUGUAGCUGUGGAGAUUCAGAAAUGCUCGGGGUAGUUAUAGAAUGCGAAAAUCAUAAUAAAAAUACUCAUACUAUUAGAUAAAAAGUUGAUAAAAAAGUUUCACCCUAAAUAUUAAGCUCAUUUGAGCAGUAUGCAAUGGCAAAUUUUACAAGAAUAUUCAAAACUUUAGAGGCAAAUUUUGGAAAUAGCAAUUAAAAUAGCAGCGAUGCUGUCGAUCCUUUUUAUGAGUAGUUUUUGGAUAUAUCUAUUAAAUAGCCAUAAUUAUGUGCAUCUAUUUUAAUGAAAUCAUUAAACAACUUUUACACUCGCCAUAAUUGUUAAUCACCUACUAUAGAUAUUGAUUCAGCAAGAUACCAAAGGUUGUGCUCUUGCUCAAUAAUAGAGAACCUUUUUAGGUAGUCAGAAAAAACAAGUUGGUAUUUAAAAAGAAUAUUAUUAAAUUGCGUGAGACAUCGUCCAUUUGUUUUCUAAUUAACUAAAAUAUAUUCGAAAAUGCUUCUUCCUUUAUUUGAGACAGAAAAUAACUAGCUACUUGAUCUUAUGAAGGAAUUCAACCCUCCUUAAGUUUUUUAAGUAUUUAUUUCUUAAGUAGCAUUAGUAAAAAAUAUAAUGAGUCUUUUAGAAAGUAUUUUGCAAAAUCUUGAAACAGUAAACUAUGAGUCAUACCUCAAAAAAUUUGAAACAUUAAAUAACUUGAUGAAAUUCAUUUUUAAAAGAGAAAUGCAAGUAGAUGAAAGUAUGAUGAAGUAAUUUUGUAAUAUAAUAUCAAAGGUAUGUGUUAAGAGAAAAGAAAUAAAAGAUUAUUUUCACGAAGAAAUUUUGAUAGUAAUGGAGGAAAUGAAUUUUGAUUUUUUGAGACUUUUGCUAAACUCUUUGCAUAGGUAGGCAGAUUGGAAAUAAAUAUCAGCUAAUUUAAUCUAUGAGUACAUUGUGAAGUGUGAAUGUGAAGUAGAUUAUGAAUUUUCGGAAGAAAGAAAGAAAAACCCAUGGUUUUAAGGUAGUGUUGGCAUAUUGGGCAUUCUACUUUGCUCAACUUUUGUUGAAAUCUAUGAAGAAGUUGUUGGAGAAGAAAUAAACUAAUCUAACCAAUAGUUCAAGAAGCAUAAUAACUAAAAAAAUAAUAGUGGAAUAUUUAUUACUAAGAAUAGUGAAGGAAGAAUAAUAGGUAAUAUUGAAAAAGCAAAAGAGGCGAUGAGGAAGUAUACUCUGACCAUUUCUAAACAUACCUAAAAUGGGUUAGAAAAGCUAUUUAAAAGUAUUUGUAGAGAAAUAAUGAGAGAUCUAUUUUUUAUUUUCACUUAGGAAAGAGCAUUAAGAAAUAAUCCUAGAGCUUAAUACAAUGAGGAGUCUAAUGAAUACCAAAUGAAGACAGUUCUUCAUUGUUACAAAAAUAGAUUAUACUACAGAGAACUCUCUAACUUAUAAAUUUUUGGCAUGCUUAUUUCUCCUGAGAUGUUUAUGUAAGCUGCCUUUGAAGCUAUGAAGUGGAAACCUCAAAGAUUUGAUAGGACGUUUUAUAAAUACCAAAAACAACACUAUCCCCAAUAAUUUGAAUAAUCUCCAGCAUUAAGUUAGUCUCCUUAAAAAAGUUCUAUUUGCACUUCAUAAGUAUCUAAUUGUCAUAAUUCUCUUGGUUAUAAAAUUUAAAGCCUCAACAGCAGCAAUAAUAAUUUACAAAAUUCAACUCAUAAAAGGGCAGUCUCCUAUUAAUAAGCUCGCAAUUUUUCAUCAUUUUCUUGUAGUCCUUCUAAUAAUAGUAAUUAAGAUAAAGAUAGUAUUUAAAGAAAUAAUAGGAGAGCAACAAAUAUUUCCGAAGCUGGUAUUUUGAAGGAGCAUUUCCACAAAGAAGGAAUAGAGGAUUUGUUAUAUGAUUUUUACGAUGAUGGUAUUGAUGAAGAUGAUGAAGAUUUAUUUGAUUUAGAAGAAAAAAAAGGGACAUUUGAUGAAUCUAUAUUGCUGAAGUAUGAAUUUGUGUCAGAAAUUUUGAUUCUUUGUAAUGUAGAUGUGCUUAAUUUUAUAAAUAAUAUUUAACCUUGCUUUAAAGAGGAUAAGAUAAUACUCAAUGAAAUCAGAAGAAAUAUUUGUAUAAAUGCUUUUAACUUUUAGAGUCAAAUUUCUAUGGUCAACUUAACAAUAAAAUUAGAAAGCAUGAAACUUUUUGACACAUCAUCUUUGAAAAAAAUAAUUUUUAACUUCUCAGAACUCGGAAAUAAUAAAUUACUAAAACUUAAAAGUUAAUUCUGUGACAAAUAUGAACCAGUUAUGUGGAGACCUUACAGCUGGUUGGAUGCAGAAUUUAUAGAGAAGCUAAAAGAAAAAAAAUUAGAAUGCAUUUUAGGAAAUAUGAGUCCUUUAUUAGAAAAACACAUAUUCUUUUCUGAUCUUCCUGCUUCUCCAACAUUUUUAAAAUUUAUUAGAAACUCUUUUCAUUUUCUUUAUAAAAACCCAGCUAUUCUAUCCAAUAUAUUAAAAAUCACUUAUGAUUUGCUAAUUCUCAAUAAUAUUAAAUAAAACUCAGAGUAAACAAAUAUAUAAGAAAAGGAAAUACCCAAAUAAAAAUUAGAAAAGCAAAAAGUCAUCAUGGAUGAAAAUUUUUCUUUAAAUGGUUUUGAUUCUGGAAAUAAGAAGGAAAAAACUUUAGAAUUUAGAUUAAGUAAAGAGAAAUUUUUUCAAUUGAGAUUAGACAGUUAAUAAAUUUAAGCUAUAAAAUAAUUUUAUUCUUAGCCUGCAUAGCUUACAGGACUGCAAAGUAAUUAAACAAGCCCUGCAAGAGCUGCAGGAAUAUCUGAUCAUGAAGGAUUACUAUAAAGUUUUAAUAUCUUUUUUGAUCUGAUAAAUAAGUACGAUUUUAUUUAUUGCAGCCCCAAGAAUUCAUCAAAUAAUAUUGAAAGUAUUUCAACAGAAAUAUAAUUAAAUUCUGUAAAUAAUAAUGCCUCUACCAAAGGAGGAAGCAUAGAUUCAAGUAAUAAUUUGUAAACAUAAAUAUCGGACUAACAGCGCAAGUAACUACUCUUAGCAAAAUAAAAAGAAAUUAUGGAGUAAUUUCAAAACAAACAAAAAAAAUUCCAAGAUCAAAAUGAGUAGAUUUUAGACAAAUCUUUUAAUACUGUUAUAAGCUCAAAUAAUAACAACAAUAAUAAUAACAGUGGUAAUAAAAGUUUAAGCAUUUACAGCUAAGCUAAUAAUCAUAUAUAAUAUUCUCCUUAUUAAGACUCUCUGCUAGAGCAGCAAGAAUGUGUUAUAUGCAAAACAGAUAUUGGUAUCACUGUAAUACAUGCUUAUGUUAUCUAAGAUAAUCUUAAUUCUUACUUUUAAAUUACUGAAAAGAACUUGAUACCUUCUUCUCUUUCUUCAAGGUUUGCUAUUACUAGCUGCUAACAUAUUACUCAUUAAAGAUGUCAUGAAAUGGGUAUUGAAAACAUUUAAAUUAGCAAAAGGGCUUUAAGUAAAGAAGACAAAGAGGCUUAGCUUGAAACCUUUUGCACAAUUUGUAAAUCUCUAUCAAAUAUUUCAGUAGUUGUCUUAGAUUGUUAUUUCAAAAAAAUUACAUAUGGAUCAAUAUACCAUCAACUUUUUUCAUAAUCAUAAAAUCCUACUAACAAAAGGUAUUUACAUUAAACAGUAAACCCUAUCACUUCCUUUAAUCAUAAUACUAAUCAUAUAGCAAUGCCCAAUUCCUAAUAAAUCUAUUAGAAAAGUUCAUCUUAAUCUAAUUCAACCUAAUUUACUUAAGCGAGCAUUCAAAAAUAAAAUAAUCAAUUUAAUUAAAAUUAAGCUUGUAAGAGCGAUUUUAAAGAUAGCACUAAAAAGAUACUUGAUAGCCUUGUUCAUCAAGAGAUAAUUGCAUUAGAUAAAUAAAUUAUAAAUAAUAUUUAUUCGGCUCUAGAAGAAUUUUUAUCUCUUUUAGCAAUUAUAAGCAACAAUGAAGAUAAUAUUUAAGAAUUUCAUAUUUAUAGCGUUGGCGAUUGUCUUUUACAGUCCUUAUUAGAAAAAAUCUUAUUAACUCAAAAUAUGGAAAAUUACUUUGAGAAAGACUUCAAACUUUUAGAAAAUCUGUUCCUAAAUUUAAAAGUGAUAUUUAAAGGUUAAGAGUGUGAAUAAAAAAGAUUAAAAUAAGAUUAUUUAAAUUUAACUAUACAAAAAAUAUUAGAAACUGAUAUUUUUGAAUAUGCUUCAGAUUAACUUUCAAUAAAUAACAGCAAACCACAUGAAAGUGUUUCUUUUUGCAUGAUGUAUAUAUCAAUUAUAUUCAGGAUAGCUUUGGUCUAUGGUGAAGAAUAAUCAGUUUAGUAUACAAGAGAUUAUCUCUAAAAUAUUUUUCUAAUUUUUACUUUAAAAGAGAUAAUGAAUAGUUAAAAAUCAUCUUGUGAUUUUAGUUUAUUGCAAUAAAAAUAAUAAUCAUUCUAUAGUGAUCAGUAAAUUAACCUUCUUAUUAAAGAUAUUAAAUCAAUUUGGCUUAACGAAGAAAAUAUUGAAAGUAGAGAAAAUAUUUAAAUAUCAUGUAUCCCAUUUUUAAGAAUGGGUUCUAUUUUUUUAUAGUUAGUUUGUGAUAUUAGCAAUAACUCUAAUACAUCAUUUUAAUAUCCUAAAAAUAACCUUGAUCCUAUUAGCGAACUCGAGAAAUACGAAAAAGCAUUUGGAAAAUAUUUCAUUAACCUUGACUUAGAAUUUGCAGAAUAUACACUAAAAGAAAGUAGUGAAUACUCACCUUUGAAAUUUCUUAAAAAUUUAUAUGAAUAUAGUGAAAACCACUAAAGGCAAAUAAAUAAUUUCUAUGAAUUUGACAAAAAGAUUUUUAAAUUAUCCUAAAUUGAUCAAAAUUUUGAAACUUUUUAUAAGUAACAAUUUUGGAAGAAAUGCUAAAUAGAUUUCAACUUCCCUUAAAUUGAGAAGUCUCCUUUGAUAAUGUGCUUAAUUUGUGGAUUAUAAAUGGCAGAUAACUGUCAAAGAGGAAAUAAGAUAGUAUAAAAUGAUGUAAACCAUGCUCAUAUAGCUCAUAAAGGAUACUGCGUUUACAUUCAGCUAUAAGAUGGACUUUUAAUUUAUGUUGAAAAAGAUUCAGUUUAGACAUCUUAAAGUUUGUAUUAUGAUAAAUUAGGAAGAAUGGCCAACUGCUUGAACUACCCUGAAUGGGAUGAAUUUUAGUUAGAUAAGGGUAAAUUCUAAGAAGUUGAAGAAUUAGUAAUCAAUAGAAAACUAGCAAAUUAUGUUAGAUAUAUCUUAAUGUAAACAGAAGAUGACUAUGCAUAUUUUGAUGAAGAUUAUCCACUUUGA